AUGAAAGGAAUAGUCAACAUCGUUAACAUUCAAAAUGGGAAACGAAGUAAACCGCAAGGAAAGACUAGUUCUCUGAUGCUUAAGGGUCAAGAAAAUGGGAAAGCUAAAGGUCAUAAGCACAAAGAGAAGUGCUACAAGGCAAAGCUAUUCGAUAUGACAAGUGCUCAAUGGGGUUUUAACCCUUUCGGUGGGCCUGGACCAGUGCCACCGUAUCCGCCUGGCAAUAACAUUGGUGUCGGCUAUCCAACCGCAUACGGUCUGUGGUUUGGACGAGGGAACUGGGCCAAUUCUUUGGCGAGUACCAUCCGAUGUUUGAAUGGAGGUGCUCUUAUUGGACAGUGUCGUGUUGAUGACGAUGUCAUCUGUAUGGCUCUUGGUGGUAGUUGUAUACAAAGAGGAUGUUGUACAACGCCAUUUCUUGGUCUCACCACAACUACCACGACUACUGUACCACCAGAAAUCGACGGGGAGGCUACAAGAAAAGAAGGCGGGUAUCACACACGUAUACCACCAGCAGUGGAAGGAAGUGUAGAAAGGAAAAAUAACCUGUUGGAAAUAGAAGAGCUGCUCCGAGUUAUGGAGAGCAUGAGAAGUACUAUCAGCCCAACUUCAAUAGAAGCUGUUAAGCUUUGUCUGCCUAGCGAUGGUAUCUGUGUUACGGAUGAUGACUGUGCGACUUCACGUCGAUGUAAAGAGGGAAAUGUCAUCACCGCUGCCGGACGCCUACCCGAUCCUAAGAGGAUCGAUGACACUACUCAGAUGCCAAAACCAAAGGAUACCGCCCAGGUCCGCUCUUUCCUCGCUCUCAUCAAUUAUUAUGGAGCAUUCACUUCAGUGAUGCUCCAGCUCCGUGCUCCGCUCGACGCACAAGAAGGAUGCUCGUUCAAUGAAAGUACCGAAAACAACAUACCACGUCGAGCGACAUGCCAAAUCGAAAGAAGUGUACUGAGGGCACCCGUUGCGCUGCUGAAACACUUGCAUAAGGACCGUGAAGUUCGAAAGACUUUUUACAAACUCGAUGCACAUCUUUUCUUCAGAUGCCGAGAAAGUAAAUUCGUUCCCCUUUGCUCUACUGCUUUUGAAUUGCGGCGAACUCUGCAAAGGCAACUGAACUGCCUGGAAGAUCUUGAAAAGAGCGGAGCUAAGGCUAACAUGAUGGCAAAGCAGGAGAAAAAAGUUCUUGAGAUUGGUCAGUCCGUUUUUGCCUUGUAA